AUGAAUCUACAAGCUGCUUUGUGUAUCCUUGCGGUCCUAUGCGUCAACGGAUUACCCACUGGAACGCUCUCCUUCAGCCAAAACCCCAAUUCCACAUGUCUUGAAACGCACACGGCGGCCCGCCUCGGCGAUAUCUGUGCCAGCAUCAAGCCUGGCCAGAAUUACUGCAACGAGAUAGCAGUCCAGGGACAGAGUGCGGUACCGGAGACUGUUCUAAGACAAGCAACUGAGUUCAUGGCUAUCUGUGCCAGGCAGUGGCUUGUAGGGCCCAACGAUACUUGCGAGUCCAUUGCGACUGUUGCAGGAAUUUCCGUAGGAGAACUUGUUACGCUAAACGUGGCCCGUAACCCUCGCAAACUGCGGAAGCAUCAGCCGGAAUGUGUUGGUCUGUCUGGGAUCCUCUUCCUCUCCAUCCAUGGGGGCCGCCAAAUCUACAAACUCCGCUCCCCCUAUUCCACUCGCAAACGGCGGAAGCUUCGUCAGAAACUCGGCCACGUUUUCUUAACUCCACGAAAAUCACCAUGA